AGCAUUUUCGGCUCGAGCCGUCGGGUUCCGACCUGCGCGCACGCGGAGUGUCAUCGACUCGUCCGUGGCGGGUGAGGGUUGCCGUUUUCAGGAAUGACCCGGUAUCGGGGAGCGUCAGAGGGCAAUCCAAAUUACUCACCGAAGCGGCAGAGUUGGAGUGGCCCAGAAUCAUGGCAGAGUUCAGCGAAGCUCGACGAUGAUGUUUGGAACGGCUUUUCUCGCGAGUGGGAAGGCGAGCAUGGUGAAUCGUAUUCGAUUGAUUCACCGAAGUCUUCCAGGCAGUGGUCGUGCACCCGCUGGUCGAAAGAUGGGCACUCCAAGGUUUUCACCCUGGCUCCAGACAAGGCAUCGGGACGGCUUUGGUGGGGCAUCUCUGGAGCAUUCUACUGCGAAGUUGGCGCGGAGGCAUCGGAUCAUACUACUUUGAGUUGGUUCAGGCCAGGCUUUUGGAAGCCCUCGUUCGUUUGGUGGGCCAAAGAUAAUUCACAGGGCGUGGCAUCUCGACGUGCUCACGAGUCAUCACGUAAGGUGGCUUUGCAGGAUUCCUCUCAAGGCAUCUCAUGCCGACGUGCCGACACAUCCACAAGCGAGGGCGCAUCGCGGUACCCUCCGCAGGACACGGCAGCUCCACCCGCUGGCAAGUCGGCCGGCAGCGCUGCUCGACAGGACGCCUUCCGCAGCGUCGCCACCCGCUGGGCCCGCAGACCAAAGAGCCGGGACGCUGCGCAGGUCGGCGCGCCCUGCUGGCAGCCCGUGGAGAAGAUAGGGGACCCGCCCUGGCCGCGCCGACGGCGACGCCGCCCGGGCGCCCGCGUGGGGCCCCGACGCCGCCACCGAGGCCGGGAGCCCCGCGGCGGAGAGCGAGCGCUCCGAGGAGGCGGCCGCGGGCGGAGCCGCCGAGGGCGGCGCCGAGGCGCACCCGGCCCCGGGCCCGCCAGAAAACAGCUGACCGAGGGCCGCCUGGCGUGCAGAGGCCGCUCGGUGUCCGAGGGCUCUGGCGAGCCGCGUGCGCCGGCCGACGAACCCGGAGACCUCGAGCUGCCAGGCCUGCGGGCGCUGGCGGCGGGCUGGAUGCCCGGCGUGGUCGGGUGCCUCGCGCCCAUGCCCUCCGUGCUGGCCGUUCGGCAGGGGCAUGCCAGUUCGGGUGACGAGACGCGCCAGGGUGCGCAGCAGCCCCUGCAGGGGGCGGGCGAAGCGGAGAGCACGAGGCCGCGGGCAGCUGCGAUCUCGUCGGCGGCCCAGUGGCUCAAUCGGGCGGAUCCCUGCGCAGAGGAGGGUGCGCGGGCCGAGACCGCGGGGCCGGAGGCGGAACACUCGCCUGCCCAGUGGCUCAAUCGGGCGGAUCCCUGCGUAGAGGAGGAGACCGCGGGGCCGAAGGUGGAUCACUCGGCGGCCCAGUGGCUCAAUGGGGCGGGUCCUUGCGCAGAGGAGGGUGCGCGGGCCGAGAGUGCGGGGCCAGAGGUGGAGCAGGGGACGGCCCAGUGGCCGGCGCAGUCGUUCGUGGCCUCGUCGGAAGAGCCGCGUGUGGGAGCUUCGAUCGACGCCCCCGGGCGCGAUCUGGUGUCGCAGGAUUCCCUGGUAUCGUCAGUGGCAUUGCAGUCAUGGAGUUCGUCUGGCGCCUCUGCGCACGAUCUGGUGCCGCGGCAUUCCUUGGUAUCGUCGGAGGCAGCGCAGGCAGGAACUUCGGUUGAAACCUCAAGGCGCGAUCCACUCUGGCAGCCGUCGCGCAAAGGAACUCACGAGUUCACCAUAAGGCUAGACAAGAGAUCGUACGGUGUUUCCUUUGGCGCUAGGAUUGACUGGAUGGACGACGCAACUCUGCAGCUCGAAAGCAUCACAAAACAAGGCCUGAUUCGGAACUGGAAUCUGACCAACCCGGAGGAGCCGAUCAAGACUGCCGACCGCAUCGUCGAGGUGAAUGGCUGCAGAGGCUGCGCCUCACGCCUCAUGGCCGAGCUCAUGAAGCAGCAGAUGCUGAACAUAGUUCUCCGUCGGGUGCAGUGAAGAGAUAUGCACGGUGGCGGAUUGUAAUACUGAUUAUGGUUAUUGUAUCGAGUCUCACGAAGUUUCGAGUCAUCUUUUUGGCCGAACGGUUCUAUCGACGGUUCGUUUGUCUGCUCUUUGUCAUCUCUCGCCAGCUACACGAUACGGCUAGUGUUAACGAGACGCGAGGAGGUGCCAUCUCAGUCUGCUCGGCCUGCCUCGAAAGAGCCUGCUCACCGCGCACCAGUGAAAAAAAGAGGAGUGAAACGGAGUCGCACAACUCGGUCGCCUUAUGUGGUCACUGCCCGCUGCAAGGUCGGUGGCGUUGCUUUGUCGCGAAGCUUCCCUGCAUGUAUCCACCGCCGCCAAGGUGGCUGGUCUGGCAACCUUGCAGGUCUUUUUGGUUACCUUUGAGGCUUCAGUUAGCACCAUAUUGCUGCUUGCGCUUCAAAUUCCCUGCGUCGAGCUUUCGCUCCGCGGGUUCUUUGGCCGCUGUACUUUGCCUUUGCAGCGCCUCUCGUUUUCCCAUCACCAAUCUGCAUGGCCGUGACUGGAUCCCUUCAUCAUGGCGCGUUCGUUAAAUUCGUUCGCAAUUUGCACCUCCACCUGCCGACCGCGCCUGGGGCUCCUCUGCGCCGCCG